AUGAAAAAGCUCAACGUUAUUACACAGAGCGUCUACUUCAAGUUCCACAUUGAGGCUCGGAGCAGUAACGCUGCCAAACCGCCGUCCAGUGCGACGGCUGCGGCCGCCGGAAGCACCAAGCCGACAGAGUCCAAGAAAGCGAUCACCAUCACUUUCAGCAGCCUGAAGCCCAAACCCAAGAUCUUUGUAGGAGCCGCUUUCUUCGGCACGGGGAAGAAACCGACGUCCAUGUACAAGAAAUCUGCACCGAAAUCCUCCACCAGGCCGCCGGUGAAGAACAAAGCCACAAAGCCGCCCGCUGCCACGACGAGCCAGCAGCAGAAACCUCCUGCUCAGACUCUCGUCCAGCCGGUGGAAGCAGAAGAGAAGCAGCCGAUCACCAAACAGAGACCGAAGUUUGAUCCGUCAGACUGGAUGGACGAGCAGCCUGAAACUCCACAGCAGCCAUUAAGCUCUCCUAAACUGCUGUCAGAGAAAUACGGGAUCACCAAGAAGCUGAAGAUUGUGUUGACAAGAACCCCGACCUCGAGUUCUGCAUCCAUAGCGUCGCUCAUUACCCGGGAUGUUCCUCUGACAGACGGUGUCUCUGAGCCCGUCUUCGACCUGAGUGAUAUAAGUCCCACCAGUGCUGCUGCCAGUCCGCCCAAAGAGUCUGCAGCGGUGUAUCCCAUCUUUGGCUCCGCCUCCAAGAGGUUAAGGAAAGCUCUGCAGUCCCCAGUGUCCUGCAGCACCCCCUCUGGCCAGACAACGUCACUGCAGACUAUUUCUGCAGCCAAAGAGCGAACUGUUCGCAGGAGGAAGGAGAAACAGGACGACGACCAGCUCAUCAUCGACGCAGGCCAGAAGCAGUUUGGAGCGACGACCUGCAGCUCCUGUGGGAUGGUGUACAGCGCCGACAACCCGGAGGACAACUUCCAACACAACCAGUUCCACCAGCGCUUCCUCGACUCCAUCAAAUUCGUGGGCUGGAAGAAGGAGCGGGUGGUGGCCGAGUUCUGGGAUGGAAAAAUCCUCCUCGUCAUGCCAGACGACCCCAAAUACGCCAUCAAAAAGGCCGAGGAGGUGCGGCGCGUAGCGGACAACGAGUUGGGUUUCCAGCAGGUGACUCUGAGCAGACCCACGCAGGCCAAGACCUACCUCUUCAUCAACACGGAGCGCAUGGUGGUGGGCUGUCUCGUCGCUGAACCCAUACGUCAGGCCUACAGAGUCCUCGAGCAGCCGGACCGGCACAAAGACAUGAUGAAGGACGACUUCAUGGAGCGACACCGAGCCUGGUGCUGCUCCACCGUCCCAGAACAGGCUCUGUGCGGGGUCAGUCGGAUCUGGGUCUUCAGUCUGGCCCGACGGCAGAGCAUCGCCACGCGCAUGCUGGACACCGUCAGGAGCAGCUUCAUGUACGGCAGUCAUCUCACCAAGGAAGAAAUCGCCUUCUCUGACCCGACGCCCGACGGCAAACAGUUCGCCACCAAGUACUGCGACACGCCCACCUUCCUCGUGUACAACUUCAUUGCGUGAAGAGUUGAAUGAAGGACGUGGAUUAAAGGAACUCUUUUAACUGACGCAGAUUAACACUUCAGGUUCUCGUAUGCAACGCAAUAACUGUGGAGGUUUUAAUGUUUACUUUGUGUUGACAGUUCAGUAGGUGUAGAGUUUAAGAGUUCUCGCUCAGUAUUUAUACUCGGUACGCCUCUACUGCUGCAGAUGUUUGUAUAUUGGCAGUGCUUUCUAUCCAGAUGUUUAUAUUCUGCUUUACAUUUCACAUGUUCUGAAGAUCGUUUGUUUGAUCUUAUUGGAGGAUUUGUUGGGAUCAUUUUGAUACGUUGAUGUAAAUGUUCAGGUUGGUUUUUUUUAGUUUUCUGGACAUUUUUGAAGGAAAAUAUGUUGAUAGACGAUGCCGUCAUUGUUUAAAGGCGAUCUACUUUGUAAAUACAGUUAAUAAACAUCGUCAUUGUUUUAU